AUGAAAGGUUACUUUCGAACCUCACAAAUGGUCUCACCCCAUGACCUUUCCCACAAGGUGAUUCGGGCGAAAGAUGCCAUGAGAAUGGAUAAGCAUUCAUAUGAAUACAUUCCUGAAGCAGAAGACAUAUUUCAGAAACUGUCAAGUGAUGAAUCAGGUGAAAGUAGUGGUAGUGAAAGUGAAGGAGAAGAACUAACUUCUACAAAGAAGAGCCUUGAUAUUUAUGAAGAUAAACCUGAGGCAAGGCCUGAGGUCAGGACAGAGUUGUUUUAUAGAAGAUGGUACAUGCUUGCUCUGUUUUCAUUAACUGCCAUGUUGUGGAAUGCCAUCUGGUCCACAUGGGGUCCAAUUGCCCAGUCAGCCAAAGAUGUGUAUGGAUGGACUGAUGGAUUUGUUCCUUCAUUCAUUCAUUUAUGCCCUUUUCAGUGUGUGUUCCAGGGCAUGAGAAUGGCCAUGAUAUUCUGCUGCAGCUUCAUGUUUGUUGGUGCUGGGUUUCGCUGUAUUCCAGGAGAUGUUAACACAGCUACAUGGUUUAUCAGGAUUGGCCAGUUCCUAAAUGGUGUGGCUGGGACGGUGCCAAUGAGUGGCCCUGCCCUUCUGUCAGGUCUGUGGUUCCCUCCCAAUCAGAGAGCAACUGCAACUGCAAUCUCCACCGUGGCUGGAUACUUGGGAGCAUCUAUCUCAUUUGUUAUAGGUCCUUUGCUUGUACCAGAACCAGAUGAUCUAUCACCCAUCAAUGCAACAUUUAGUUUUUUGAGAGAUGCAAUAGAUUCCAAUGGUAGCGGUAUAAAUAUCACAGAUCAUUCUGGCCAGGAGCAAGGAAUCAAAACUAUAUUGUAUGCUGAGUGUGCACUGGCUGGAAUCGUGUUCUUGUUAGUACUUUUAUACUUUCCAUCGAAGCCUCCUCUUCCUCCAAGUAUAUCGGCAUCGAUCCCUAGGGAGAAGUACCUCAAUGGCUUGAAACUGCUAGUCAGAAACAAGCAGUUCUGGAUCUGUGCAGUAGCCUUCAGUGUUCCCAUGGGUGUUUAUGAAUCCUGGCAAGUUAUUCUUGACAUUAACCUCGAUUCAAAAGGCAUAUCACAACAAACAGCAGGUUGGUUGGACUUCUAUGCUACGGUUGGAGGUUGUUUGUCAGGUCUUCUUGUGUCCAG